AUGUGGCAGGACAUUGAGAGCGUCCUGCUGGGCGACAUGGCGCCUGGCUUCAGCCCCGAGCCCCGCGGCCCGAGCCCUCUUCCCCCUCGGCGACCGACCCUGCCUCCGCCCUCGGCUCCGGGCCCCGGAUACCACCACGGCGGUGGAGGCGGCGGUGGUCCCGGUCAGCACCACCUCGCCGGCGCGGCCGCCUUCACGGCGCCGCCUCGUCCCGAUCUCCUCGAAGACCUCGGUCUCACCGUGGCCGACUCGAAGCACCCCUACGGCUGCGGAGGCACCGACUCCCCUUCGUCGUCCAUACCACCGCCGCCCGCCUACCCGGCACCGUACGCCUGGCCCGCGCCCUCAAAGUGCUCGGGCUACCUGGCCGCGGCGCGGUGUCCCUACCCUCCCCAGUGGUGCGGAUCCGUGCCGGACUCGUCUCGCUACGGUCCUCCGUGCGGCAACCCGCUGAGGCCACCGCCCGCGAUCGGGGCGUGCUUCGGGCAGGGUAGGGUGCCGACGCCGCCUCCGUCCCCGCUCCAGCACGACGGACUAGUGGUGCCUCCUUCCGCACUCUACCCCGGUCCCAGUGUGGUGCCCGUCGCGGCCGCGGCGCCCAAGCCCCGCCGGGGCCGCCGGUCGCGCGGUCCCAAGAAGGUGACCGUGCACACCUGUUCCUACCCCGGAUGCUCGAAGACGUACUCCAAGAGCUCGCACCUCAAGGCGCACCUGCGCACUCACACGGGCGAGAAGCCUUACCAGUGCAACUGGAAGGGUUGCGGCUGGAAGUUUGCUCGCUCGGAUGAACUGACGCGCCACUACCGCAAGCACACGGGCGACCGGCCCUUCCAGUGCCGGCUGUGCGACAGGGCCUUCUCCCGGUCGGACCACCUCUCGCUGCACAUGAAGAGGCACGCCGAGGUGCUCUGACUGUGCCUUUCGGGGGUGGCUCCGGUUCGGCGGUGGUGAUGUGUCCGAUGCUCCUGCGUUCGUCUCGACUUA